GGGGUAAAACUGCCAUGUUCUAAAUGAUUGCUUCAGUUUCUUCACUGUAUGCAAUAUUCAAAUCAGUAUUACAGAAGGAAGGAGUCCCUCCACAACACCUGCAACUACUCAUAAGAUAACUGGAUUGGAUCCAGGCAACAAUAUUCCCACUCGUAAAAUUUAAAGAAUACAUUCCUUGUAAUAGCUACACUGUCAGUCGAUUCUGUAAAUCUGUCAGUGCGAGGCUUCCAGAGUUUCAGCGUGAAACUAAAAUGAACAUCGCAUUGUUUUUGUCCUUUUACUAAGUGAUGGGCUUCCUGUACCAUUGAAGAAGAAAAGUACUGGUAAUAGGAAACACCGCUGGCUGGCGCGAAGGUAUUUUUGGCGGGAAAAGGUCGGCUAGCAGUAGACUUCAUGUAUUCGUAAGAAAAGAAAGAAAUAACUGAUAGAACAUGGGAAUUCACGGUCUGUCCAAGCUUCUAGGCGACAUUGCUCCGUCAGGGAUGAGGGAGAAUGAGAUUAAGAACUAUUUUGGUCGAAAAGUGGCAAUUGAUGCCUCAAUGAGUAUCUAUCAGUUCUUAAUAGCUGUACGCAGUGAUGGAAGUCAACUGACCAAUGAAUCAGGAGAGGUUACUAGUCACUUGAUGGGAAUGUUCUACAGAACAAUAAGAAUGGUGGAGAAUGGAAUCAAACCAGUGUAUGUUUUUGAUGGAAAGCCGCCACAACUCAAGUCUGGAGAGCUUGCUAAAAGAACAGAAAGAAGGCAAGAAGCCCAGAAAGCCUUGGAAAAGGCCGAAGAAGCUGGUGAAACUGAAAACAUUGACAAAUUUUCAAGACGCUUGGUUCGAGUAACAAAAGAGCAUAGUGAGGAAUGCAAGAAGCUCCUAAAAUUAAUGGGGAUACCGUAUGUAGAGGCUCCAUGUGAAGCUGAAGCUCAAUGUGCUGAACUUGUCAAAGCAGGCAAGGUGUAUGCUACAGGAACAGAAGACAUGGAUGCAUUAACGUUUGGUACUACAGUCAUGUUGCGACAUCUGACCUUCAGUGAAGCCAAAAAGAUGCCCAUUAAAGAAUAUCAUUUAGCAGCCAUUUUAGAGGAAGCUGCUCUCACCCAGGAUGAGUUUAUUGAUCUUGGUAUUUUACUUGGUUGUGAUUAUUGUGAUUCUAUAAAAGGCAUUGGACCAAAGAGAGCCAUUGACCUUAUCAAGCAACAUCAUUGUAUUGAAGAAAUCCUAAAACAUAUUGAUACAGCUAAAUAUCCCCCUCCAGAAAACUGGCUUUACAAGGAAGCAAGAGAGCUGUUCAAAAAUCCAGAUAUCUUAAAAGCUAGUGAGAUUGAGUUAAAAUGGCAAGAUCCUGAUGAAGAAGGCCUUGUUACUUACAUGGCACAAGAAAAAGGGUUUAGUGAAGACAGAAUAAGAUCUGGAAUUAAAAAACUAACCAAGGCUCGACAUGGCUCCACACAAGGACGACUUGACUCAUUCUUCACAGUCAAAACAUCAACUACGCCUAAACGCAAGAGUGAAGACCCAAAAGGCUCUAAAAAUAAAAAAGCUAAAACUGGAGGGAAAUUCAAGAAACCAAAAUAAAUUUCAAAAGCAAAUUUUCAUUGCAGUAUGUUAUUGCUUUGCUCACAUUGUUUGUUAUUGUUGAGAGGGGRGAUAUUUGUAACUAUUUAUUUUUUAAACUUGUAAUCUAUUUGUAAGCUUUUCUCUUCAAAGAACACCUUAAGUCCAAAAGUCAACACAAUUAUUUUACUAGCCUCUUUAUACAAAUUUGUACAAUUUAGUAAAUGGAAAAUAUAAUAAAACAAGCAACAAGAUAUAAGAACCACAAGUUUAAUGAAAAGACAUUCACCAUGAUACAAGACAAAAACAACCAUACAACCUGAUGAAGACAGUUCAAAAACAAAGAAAAAGUGCCGACCAUUUUAUAAAGCUUUUCUGACAUUCCUCCUGCAACAACUUUCAAAAUAAUGUGUGUGAAAACAUGAUUAUGCAGUCA